AUGGACGCAUCGACAAGCAUCUCCUCCGCCAGCGAGGCCCUCCGCCGCCUCGUGGUGGUCACGAUGCUGACGGUGGGCAACGUCGUCCAUCCGAUGCCCGUACCGACGGACGUGCCCAUGUGUACCGCAUCUGAACCUGCCCAGUACAACUUGACCUUUACCGGGAAGUGGACGAGGACGGCGUUCCCCAAACAGUAUCCCGUCUACCGCCCCCCUGCACAAUGGUCCAACCUUGUCGGCGUGACCCACAGCUCCGACUACCACAUGUGGCAGCGUAAUGGCUUUGCCAGCAAUGGAGUGAGGGAGUUCACGGAGAAAGGCGAAGCUUGGACGCUCAUGAAGGAAGUGGAGCAGGCCGGAGAACAGAUUCAGAGCGUUUAUGGCAUCUUCUCAGCUCCUGCUGUCGUAGGAGGCACCGGCCAGAGCAACACUGUGGUCGAGGUCUUUGCCAGACACUCCUAUCUGUCGUUUAUCGUGCGUCUCAUUCCGAGCCCCGACUGGUUCGUGGGAGUGGACAGCGUGGACCUGUGCGACGGCGACCAGUGGAAAGACAGCGUGUCUCUGGAGCUCUUCCCAUACGACGCUGGGACUGACAACGGCUUCACAUUCUCCUCUCCCAACUUUGAGACCAUGCCGCAGGACAAAAUCACCCAGAUAACCUCAUCCUUCCCCAGCCACCCUGCAAACUCCUUCUACUACCCCCGCCUGAAGCACCUCCCACCCAUCGCCAAGGUAACGCUGACCAAGAUAAGGAAGACAAACCAGAUCAUUAGCCUUCCGGUGGAGCCCACCCAGUCCAACCUGCUGCCAACAGGGAAUGAGAUUGAGGACAACCUCAUAAAAACGCCGCUGGACUGCGAGGUGUCGGCAUGGUCUCCCUGGGGCCUGUGCAAGGGCAAGUGCGGCAAAGUUGGCCUGCAGCACCGGACGCGUUACGUUCUCAUGCACCACGCCAACAACGGGGCUCCCUGCCCCCUGCUGGAGGAGGAGCGGAAGUGCAUCCCAGACAACUGCUUAUGA